CAGCCAACGGAACGCAGGCAGGUCCGAUUGCCUCUAAAUUUUGGAUCUCCGGUAGCACGUCACUGCUUUUUACUUUUCGGUUUUGCCGCUUUUGAGAUUUUUUUUUUCUAGCUGCGUCAGUCUGCCUUGCCAUCUACGAGUCACCGAACAUGAGCACAAUAGCAAACAAACCACGAUCUGAAAUGACCGAGGAAGAGCUCCGUCAGCAGGAGGAAAUGGAGUUCAACACAGGCCCUCUUUCUGUUUUGCAGCAAGCAGUGAAGAACAACAAUCAGAUCUUGAUCAGUUGCCGUAACAAUCACAAAAUGUUGGCUCGUGUGAAGGCUUUUGACCGUCACUGCAAUAUGGUCUUGGAAAACGUCAAAGAGAUGUGGACCGAAACACCUAGAACCGGAAAGGGCGCCAAAGCCAAGCCUGUGAACAAGGAUCGCUUUGUCAGUAAAAUGUUCCUUCGCGGUGAUACCGUAGUUUUAGUGUUGCGCAACACGGUAUAAAUACAAGUUCUUUUUUUUUAUUCUUUCCUGUCUCUUCGCUACGCUGAUGUUUUCCAUCAUUUUUAUUCAUUCAGUAUAAAGUCACCUGUUCUUUGAAGC